AUUCUUGCGAAGCUCCCAUGGCUAGUGAGCCGGUGGUUCAGGAUCAACGGCAGCGCACUUUGCAGGCAUUAGAGCGAAGGUUCGAAGCUGCCAAAGCCGAACUUGAUUUACACCAGACCAAGAACACAAAGCGAUUGAAAACCGAAGGAGCUGCAAAGAAACCGCAUACCGCAAUUUCUUCAGCCGUUGAUUCUUCACCGAAGUUAGCUAAUGUAUCGACCGCAACUCCAUCCAAGAAAGGAAAUUUCACCUUUGCUGGUUAUGUGAAUUCUCAAGAUAUCGACGAAAGUGGUCCAACAUAUUCAAAGCUUUCUCAGCCUAUACAUGAGAAUCUACUCAAAGCUAGUAAUGUUGAGGCCUCUGGUAGAAAAGAAAGUAAAGUCGAUAAUGUCUUGCACGAGCUUCUUCAGAGUGGUGACUCUGCGCAGAAGUAUAUGCAAGGAUCAAGAAGCAAGAGGAUCGACAAUUGGAUGCUCCUUGAUAAUUAUGUGCAAGGACGUGGAGGUUUUGGGGCCCGUGCCAGGGCGUCGCGGAGUAAUUCAAAGCGGUCUAGGAAGCGUAUGUCGAUGAAACAGCAAAAGAAGAAUGGAUUGUUUGAUUUUCCGCAAGAGCUCCAUAGCUAUGUUAAAUUUAAGCCAAUGCAUGAGAUGUGGAAAGGCUAUAUUUCACAACUUCUCAAAACCACUGGGAAAACACAGCUGGCUCAAUCUCUUCUUGUUGCAGAUCUACAUGGUGCUAUUAUUUCAGUUGUUGACUGUAAAGUAACUUCCUACACUGGAGUGAGUGGUGUCAUGAUUCGUGAAACAGCAGAAACAUUUGGCAUAAUUACGGAAGAUGAUAAAUUCCGAGUGGUGCCAAAAAGAUUUUCUGUUUUUAUAUUUCAAGCUGAUUGCUGGAAGAUUACCUUGCAUGGGGACAAACUGGCUUCAAGAAACUUGGGUUCAUGAUCCUAAACAUAAUCAUUGCAGGACAGAACAAUCAGGCUUUGAAGUUAAUAUCAUUGGCUGUCAUAUCAGAGUUUCAGUGGACGGAAGCUGUGCUGAAAUGUUGAGCUUAGUGAUUGACUAGCAGGAUGAGCAGUUGGGAGGGCUUUGGCAUUGACAUUCAAAGUGAAUACUGAUUGUGACAUGAAGACUGGACAUUCACAAUUGCCAGUUGGUAUUCAAGAUGCAGGUCAUUGCCGUCCGCAAAAUACAAAAUGUGAAAAUGAGGAAUACUACUGCCUGCUGUUUAAGUUUGCGUAGUUUAAGACAGAUGGGAUCCUAAUUUUUGUCUUUGGGUGGUCUUCUGUUUGUACCUUGUUUCUGUUUGCACCUUACAUUACAAAGAAGAUUAUGUAUGACGUACUGGAUUCGGUAACAAUCUGUAUUCUGAAUUUCUG